CGAGGCGGUUAACAUGUUUUAAGAAAACGAGCUCCGGCCAAACACAAGCAAAACUAAAAGUAAAACAAGCAAAGUAAAAUAACAAACACAUAGAGACGUGAAACUGAAACGACGAGAGCACGUAAAACGUUAAACGAUUAUACCAAGUGCCAAGUAAAAAUUAAAGUGCUUAACAACAAAAUAAAUUCUAUAAUCGCUAAGUGCACACACGCAACGCAACGCAUAGAAAAUAAAUAAAAUUGUUGAAAUUUAUUUACGCUAAAGGAUUACGGUUAACGCGUUAAAGCAAAAGCGAUCAAAUAUGAAAACCAGAAAGUGAAUAGUGUUCAAUUUUUACCAAAAAUUACCCUCAACAUACCCCCAAAAAUCACAAAUACCGAAAGCUUAAUCUAAGCGACAAAGUGUAAAAUAAAAAUAAAAUAAAAAUGUUCAAAGCGAGAAAUCAAAGCCUGUUGCUGCUGCUGGCGCUGACGCUAACGCUGACAGCGACGCAUGCGCAGCAGUGCGCUUGGGAAUUCGUGCGCACCACCAUGGACAUCAAAUGCAAUGUGCGCGUCUUGGAGAGCAGUGCAGCGGCGCCACCGCUGGAUCUGCAGGUAGCCGAGACGGCCAAUCGGCUCGAGGUGCAGUGCAGCGCGGAUUUGUUGCAUGCCAGCGACUUGGGCAGCGGCCAGUUCCGCAAGCUGCAGAAGCUCGCCGAGCUGCGCAUCGAUGCGUGCAAGCUACAGCGCGUGCCCGCGAAUGCAUUUGAGGGACUGAUGUCGCUCAAGCGGCUGCAGCUGGAGACGCACAAUGCGCUGUGGGGACCCGGCAAGACGCUGGAGCUGCAAGCGCAGGCGUUCCACGGACUGCGCGAGCUCAACGAGCUGCAUCUGGCCGACAAUAAUAUACGCCAAUUGCCCGAGGGCAUCUGGUGCAGCAUGCCAGGGCUGCAGUUGCUCAAUCUUACACAGAAUCGCAUACGCGCUGCGGAGUAUUUGGGAUUCUCGGAGAAACUUUGUUUGAAUGCGCCCACAGUGAGCGGCGGCAGUGAGCUGCAGUUGCUUGAUUUGUCGUUCAACGAGCUGCGUGCGCUGCCCGAUGCUUGGGGCGCCUCGCGACUGCGCCGCCUGCAAACGCUCAGCCUGCAACAUAACAAUAUAACCACAUUGGGUGCCAGCGCUUUGGCCGGUUUGAGUUCGCUGCGCGUUCUCAAUCUGUCGCACAAUCAUCUGGAGUCGCUGCCUGCGGCGGCGUUUGCGGGCAACAAGGAGCUGCGCGAGCUGCAUCUGCAGCACAACGAUCUCUUCGAGCUGCCCAAGGGUCUGCUGCAUCGUCUGGAGCAGCUGCUGGUGCUCGAUUUGAGUGGCAAUCAGCUGACCAGUCAUCAUGUGGACAACAACACGUUCGCCGGUUUGAUUCGUCUCAUUGUGCUGAAUCUUUCGAACAAUGCGCUGACUCGCAUUGGCGCCAAGACCUUCAAGGAGCUGUACUUUCUGCAGAUUCUGGACAUGCGCAACAAUUCCAUAGGCCACAUCGAGGAGGGCGCAUUCCUGCCGCUCUACAAUCUGCAUACGUUGAAUUUGGCGGAGAAUCGUCUGCACACUUUGGAUAAUCGCAUCUUCAAUGGACUUUACGUGCUGACAAAACUUACGCUGAACAACAAUCUGAUUAGCAUUGUGGAGUCGCAGGCGUUCCGCAACUGCUCGGAUUUGAAAGAGUUGGAUCUGAGCUCCAAUCAGCUGUUGGAAGUGCCCGAAGCUGUACAGGAUCUGAGCAUGUUGAAGACGCUCGAUUUGGGCGAGAAUCAAAUUACGGACUUUAAAAAUGGCAGCUUCAACAAUCUGAAUCAGCUGACUGGACUUCGUCUCAUCGAUAAUCGCAUUGGCAACAUUACGUUGCACAUGUUUGCGCAGCUGCCACGUCUGAGUGUGCUGAAUCUCGCCAAGAAUCGCAUACAAAGCAUCGAACGUGGUGCUUUCGAUAAGAAUACAGAGAUCGAAGCUAUUCGUCUGGACAAGAACUUCCUGACCGACAUCAAUGGCAUCUUCGCUACGUUGGCAUCGCUGCUCUGGCUGAAUCUGUCGGAGAAUCAUUUGGUUUGGUUCGACUACGCGUUUAUACCCUCCAAUCUCAAGUGGCUGGAUAUACAUGGCAAUUAUAUUGAAGCUUUGGGUAACUACUACAAGCUGCAGGAGGAGCUGCGCGUCAGCACGCUGGACGCAAGUCACAAUCGCAUUACCGAAAUUGCGCCCAACUCCGUGCCCAACUCCAUCGAGCUGCUGUUCAUCAACAACAACAUCAUAAGCCAGCUGCAGCCCAACACAUUUGUGGAUAAGACGCGUCUGGCACGCGUCGAUCUCUAUGCCAAUGUGCUGUCCAAGCUGACGCUCAAUUCACUGCGUGUAGCGCCAGUUGCUUUGGAUAAGCCACUGCCCGAAUUCUAUUUGGGCGGCAAUCCCUUCGAGUGCGACUGCAGCAUGGAGUGGCUGCAACGCAUCAACAAUCUGACCACGCGGCAACAUCCGCGCGUCGUCGAUCUGCACAACAUCGAGUGCCUGAUGCCACACAGCCGGCAGGCGCCACUGCGUCCACUCGCCGCGCUCAGCAGCUCCGACUUUGUUUGCAAGUACGACUCGCAUUGCCCUGCCACAUGCCAUUGCUGCGAGUACGAGCGCUGCGACUGCGAACUGAUCUGCCCCAACAACUGCAGCUGCUUCCACGACGCCAACUGGUCCAGCAGCAUUGUCGACUGCGGCAAGCAGCAUUUGCCACAAGUGCCGCAGCGUUUGCCGCAGGACGUCAAUGUUUUAUAUUUGGAUGGCAACGACUUUGCCACACUCGAGCUGCAGCAUCUAGCGGGGCAGCGUCAGUUGCAUACGCUUUAUUUGAAUGCCUCCAAUUUGCUGCACAUUGCCAAUGGCAGCUUGGCGCAGUUGCCACAGUUGCGCGUGCUGCAUUUGGAGCACAACAAGCUCAGCAGCUUGGACUCGAGCACGUUCCAGGGACUGUCGCUGCUGCGUGAGCUGCAUCUGCAAGGCAAUCAGCUGAUGGAGCUGGGCAAUGGCACCUUCGAGCCGCUGCUGUCACUGCAGGAGCUGCGCCUGGACAACAAUCGGCUGACGCAGCUGCCACUGCAGCAGUUGCAACAGCUGCAAUAUCGCCGUAAUCUGUUGGGACUUACGCUUGGACGCAAUGCCUGGAGCUGUCGCUGCCAGCAGCUGCGCGAGCUGCUGCAGUUCGUCGCAGACAAUGCGCUGGUCGUGCGCGAUACGCCGGACAUUUAUUGCCUGGACGCUGGGAUUAAACGCGAGCUGGAGCUGCCGCCUGUGGCUGGCGCCGACUGCUCCGAACUGCUGGACGCCAGUGCCAGCAAUAUAAGCUCCACGCAGAAUCUUGCCUCCGGCUAUCGCCUGCCACUGCUUGCCGCUGUAUUGGUGCUUAUCUUUCUGCUGGUCGUGCUCAUCAUUGUCUUUGUCUUCCGCGAAAGCGUGCGCAUGUGGCUGUUCGCCCACUACGGCGUGCGCGUCUGUGAGCCGCGCUUCGAGGAUGCGGGCAAACUGUACGACGCCAUUAUACUGCACUCGGAUAAGGAUUACGAGUUCGUUUGCCGCAACAUUGCCGCCGAGCUGGAGCAUGGACGUCCGCCCUUCAGGCUCUGCAUACAGCAGCGCGAUCUGCCGCCGCAGGCGUCGCAUCUGCAGCUGGUGGAGGCGGCGCGUGCAUCACGCAAAAUUAUACUCGUGCUCACGCGUCAUUUGCUGGCCACCGAAUGGCAGCGCAUCGAAUUCCGCAAUGCGUUCCAUGAGGCGCUGCGUGGUUUGGCCCAAAAGUUGGUUAUCAUUGAGGAAACGAGCGUCAGCGCCGAGGCGGAGGAUGUAGCCGAACUCUCACCCUAUCUCAAGUCGGUACCAUCGAAUCGUCUGCUCACCUGCGAUCGCUACUUCUGGGAGAAGCUGCGCUAUGCCAUUCCCAUUGAGCUCUCGCCACGUGGCAACAACUACACGCUGGAUCAUCACGAGCGCUUCAAGCAGCCCGUCUCGCCUGGUUUGAUCUUCCGCCAGGCGCCGCCGCCGCCCGCCUACUACUGCACCGAGGACAUGGAGGCCAACUACUCAUCCGCCACCACUGCCACGCCCUCGCCGCGUCCCAUGCGCCCCAUGGUUGAGUCGCUAGCCAUGCGCCCGCCCUCCGAGCACAUUUACCACAGCAUCGAGUCCGAGUACAGCGCCUAUGAGCAGCACGAGGCUUUGUCCAUGAUGCCGCAUGCGCAUCACCAACAGCUGCAGGCGCAGCAGCUGCAACAGUUAGCGCGCCAGCAGCAGCAGCAGCGCUUGUUGCAGCCACAAUUUCGUGCCACAGCGCCCGCCAACGCUGCCGCCGCCGCGCCCGUGCAUCUUCGCAGCGGCAGCGGCCUAAGCCAAGCCUCCAAUAGCACACAGUCCACCGCGCAGGCUUCGACCUCAGCAGCGGCUGCGCAGCAGCAGCAGCAACAACAACAAGCGGCAGCAGCUGCGGCAGCUGUGGAGAGCACGAAUAAGAACAGCGGUCAAGCUUUUCUAGUGUAAAGCUCGCUCUCUCCCUCCCCUAAUGAGUGAACGCUUGCGCUCUCGCUCGCACACUCAUCAUCGGUUCCUGCGCAAGGGCGGCCAUCUUGAAGUUGCUCUCACGCUUGCGCACACACACAAAAACACACACACACACAUAUAGUGUUAAAAAAAAAAAGACUUUUUUUCGUAGGCAUUUCUUCGAGUGUUCAAACUGCACAAAUACAAAUACAAACAUAUAUAUAUAGUUAUAUAUAUAGUGAUUGCUAUAUAGUGAAAAAUGAAUUAAUGCUAUUUAUAGGCUUAUUAUGUAUAACUUACGAAUUAUUUACUAGAAAUGUUGCAAGUAAACACUUUCAAAUUCAAUGUGAUAUAUUAUAUUAAAAAUAAUGCAUAUUAAAUAUACAACAACGCCCCCCUUAACCCCCGCUCACCCCCUCGAUAUGUAACUGUAGCAUUUAGCAAGAAGAACUACUGCAUAGUUAACUAAACAUUACACACACAUUUGUUAAACAUUCAU